AUGCUGCUCCGUCGUGCUCUAUCUUCAACUCACUCUGGGAGUUGUUCUGUUCCCAACUCCCAUCCUCCUUCGAGUCGGGAUUCGGGUCCGCUAUCAUUUCCUGUUUCAUGCAAAUUUUCGCUGCUGGAUGGUGCUACCAAAGUGAGAUUGAACAGUGUGUCAUCUCGAAAAAUUAGAAUGGUUUCAGCAUCUAAUUGUGCUGGGAAUUCAAGCUUCAGUGUGGAGAAGACGAGAAAAGUAGUGGAGCAUCUAUGCCUACUCAAAACUAAGAAAGAUUUAACCGAGGCUGAGGAGAAGGAUAUGUUGGAUUAUCUGUAUACUUGCCAAUAUCAAAUGCGUGGAAUUGUUGCCAUCUCUGUGGGACGCAUCUCCAAUGAAAAUGUAGAAAACUAUACCCAUGUUGUUUUCAUGCGUUUCCAAAGAAAGGAAGAUGUUGCCAAGUUCUAUGAGAACCCAUUCUAUUUGGGAAUUCUCAAGGAGCAUGUAACGCCUCAUUGCAAUGAAAAGCUUUACAUAGAUUAUGAGUCUGAAGUUGAAGAUGAUAUCAUUCCUAUAUUUCUUAAAGGGGAGGAGUAUAACUAUGGUUUAGAGUUUCUUCAUCUUAUUGCAUUUGAUGAGAGUUCAUUUGGUGCCCCUGUGGAAGAUGCAUUGGCAUCUCUUGCUCGGCUGACCAAAAAAUUCCCAUCGUUAAUUGUCCAAUCCACUCAUGUAGUCAUAAGAUUCCGAUCAUCUGAGGCAUUUGAGUUAUUCAUGGAAAGCAAGGAAUACAAUGCCGUAACCUGGAGAUCGAAAUUGGAGACGAUAAUCAGAAGAUCACUUCCCAUCCAUUUCUCUGUUGACCCAGUGGGAGAAGAGGUUAUGUAG